UGCUCCAAGAUCUUAGCCAUGGGUCUUCUUCUGCCUUUUACAGAGUGUUUUAGAGAGCUGCUAGGAGGUAGCACGGCCAACAUCACCUCUGUUGCUCCAGCCAGGUUUGAACAUGAUCAGCUGUACACAUGGGCAGCUGUCAACCAACCACCACACUCACUGGAUCUUCUUGAGGGGAAACUAGCAAGUCACAUCAAAAGUCCAUGGCCUCCAGGAAAACCAGGGUUGGAUGAUCGGCCUGGGCUCAAACCCACAGAGGCAGAACAUCACGAGACCAUCUCGAGUGUGAGACAGCAAGAUAAAGAGACAAUAGAGGAGGAGUAUGUGCUCCCCUCAAAAAAACUAAAGGAAAAGCACGUUACUGUCAUCCAGCAGCUUGAACAAACAAUAGAAGACCUCAGGACUAAGAUCGCUGAGCUGGAGCGACAGCCCCCUUUGCUGGACAGAGAUGAAACAAAGACGUCCACUACAGACAGAGAGUGUGGAGGGGAGGAGGGAGGGCUGAAGGCUCAGUGUGAUGCCCACCUACAGACAGAGGCGUCUUCCUCUCUAUGCUGCCUAGAGGCCAAGUCUGUGCAGACCUCCCCACUGGACAACCACUUGAAGUGUAAAGUGCCGAGUGAUGAGGUCCCACCGAGGCAGAACGGCUUCCAGUGCUCAUGUUUUGCAGGUCCACCUCCUCCUCCACCACCACCUCUUCCAGGUUUUGCAGGUCCACCUCCUCCUCCACCACCUCCACCUCCUCCAGGUUUUGCAGGUCCACCUCCUCCUCCUCCACCACCACCACCUCCACCUCCUCCAGGUUUUGCAGGUCCACCUCCUCCUCCUCCACCACCACCACCUCCUCCAGGCUGUGGGCCCCCUCCUCCCGCUCUUCCACCAGGAGCCAUCAGUGUUGCCUUGGCUCCUCUGGGAGCACUGGGUUUCCUGCCACCCCCACUGCCUUUGGAUCUGUAUUCUCAGGCUUUAUCACAAGAGAAGCUGCCAAGGAAAGCUGCGGUGGAGCCACCCAGACCCAUGAAGCCACUCUACUGGACCAGGAUUCAGCUACACCCCAAAAAAGAGAUUGCUUCUUCACUGGUGUGGGAAACAAUUGAGGAGCCUGAAGUGGACUUUGAUGAGUUUCUGGAGCUGUUCUCCAAAAAAGCUGUUAAGGAAAAAAAGCAACCACUCUCUGAUACCAUAACUAAGACCAAGGCGAAACAGGUUGUGAAGCUUCUAAACAAUAAACGCUCUCAGGCAGUUGGGAUCCUCAUGUCUUCUUUGCAUCUUGACAUGAAAGACAUCCAGCAUGCCAUCUUGAACUUGGACGACAACAUUGUGGACAUGGAAACCCUGCAGGCGCUGUAUGAAAAUAGGGCACAACAGGAGGAGUUGGAAAAAAUUGAAAAGCACAUAAAAUCCUCUAAAGACAAAGAGAACGCCAAGCCUCUGGACAAACCUGAACAGUGA